AACAUUGAGAAGGCAGCUCUGCUCUCUGAGUAUGUUAAUCUGCUUAUCACUGAAAUGGAAUCUGAGACAGCAGACCAGAAAAUGCAGGAUUUUGAGAUACAGAUUGACCUGGCUGAGAGAGAGCAGCAGGAACCCUUCUCUGAGAAGGCAGUGAAGAGAGAUUUUGAGAUGAUUAUCACCUCAGAUGAGAAGAAGAAGAAGAAGAAGAAGAAGAAGAAGAAGAAGAAUGAGAAGUGA